AUCCCACCGGCAAUGACGCCCCGCCCCGUUUUCUGACUUGGCCGCGCCAUCGCCCUGGCAACCGGAGCGCGGCUGCGUGUCGGGCGGCGCGAGGAGAAAGGGGAAACACUGAGAUCCCGCCUCCUCUCCGGCCCGGAGUCAGUGGCUGGGGGAGCUGUCAAUCAGAGGGAGGAGGACGAAGGCAGGCUCGUGGUUUGGCCCUGGUCGUGGUGAAGGAAGGAAGCGAUGUCUGCCAGCGGGAGCCCAGUGAACAGCAGAUUGCCCAGCCUAACUCUGCCCAAGAAGUCCGAAAGCGAGCUUUUGAUCCCAUUUGCAGUGGAUGAGGUCCUUCUGAACAGCAGUCUCAUCCAGCACCUGACGUUUGCUGCUAAGGAUGCUGCUCUUCUUCAGGGAGUUCUCAUGAGGACAAAAGAGGAUCCAGCCAGCAGUGAGACAAUCUGCUAUGCUCCCUUCAGUCUGUUCCCAUCGCCGGUACCUACGAAGCUGUUCACUCAGGCGUUUGAGGUCCAGCAAGACUUCAACGUGCUGGUUGAUAAAAUCAGCAUGGAUUCCAAAUUCCUAAGAAGAGCACUAGCAAGCACCAUAGAAGCAGAUGAAUUUACAGCUCGGCUUUUCGACAUCUACAAUCAGGUACUUCAAGAAGGAAUUACCCAGCCAAUUAUCUUGGGUAUAAACAGAUCAGACUACAUGUUUGACAAACAACGUGGUCAAGCUGUCACCUUGAAACAGAUUGAGAUUAACACCAUUUCUGCCGGCUUUGCAGGGCUAGCUGGCAAGAUUCCUGAAGUGUAUCGGCAUGUAAUGAACGUCUGGGGGAAACCGCAGGAGGCAGCAAAGAUUCAGAGUAACGAAGCAGCGAAAGGAAUUUGCAAAGGAUUUGCAAAAGCCUGGCAGUUGUAUGGAUCAUCGGAGGCAGUGGUUCUUUUCCUGGUUGAAAGAGUCUCAAUGAAUAUCUUUGAUCAGCGCUGCUUAGAAAUGGAGCUUUGGAAUAAAAAUAUUCGUGUAAUACGGAGGCAAUUGAUGGAAAUAUAUGAGAGAGGGAGUCUGGAUGAAGAGAAAAGACUUCACAUAGAUGGCUAUGAAGUUGCAAUAGCCUAUUUUCGAACCGGAUACAGUCCAGAUGAUUACCACAGUGAAGAGUGCUGGUUGGCACGACUGAUGAUCGAGCGUUCGUUGGCAAUUAAAUGCCCAGAUAUUGCCACCCACCUUGUGGGAACCAAGAAGAUACAGCAGGAGUUGGUGCGUGCUGGAGUCCUCGAGCGCUACCUGUCCGAGUCCCCAGAAGCCAUCAAACGAAUCCGUGCCACUUUCGUGGGCCUGUACAGCAUCGAUAAGGGUCGUGAGGGUGAUGAAAUAAUAGCAAAAGCAUUGGAGGAUCCAGAAUCUUACGUGCUGAAACCACAGCGAGAAGGAGGAGGUAACAACAUUUUCAGUGAAGAGCUGAAGCAGGUUCUGUUGAGUAUUAAAGACGGAUCAAAGCGAUCAGCCUAUAUCCUGAUGGACCGGAUCAGACCACAGGCAGUGAAGAAUUACCUGCUGCAGUCUGGCGCGGCUGUGGAACUGAAGGAGUGUAUAGUUGAAUUGGGAAUGUUCGGUGUCUACAUCAGGAAUUGUAAUAAGAUGGUUAUGAAUGUAUGCCCCGGGUACUUGCUUCGCACAAAGAGCACAGAGUUUGCGGAUGGAGGGGUGGCUGCAGGAGUGGCAGUUCUCGACACGCCGUACUUCAUCUGAACCACAGGUGUCCUGAAGUGUGUGUGCAGACUGCUGUGGAAAUUCAGCAAGGACUUUUCCACCCUCCCUGCUGGGUGGAAGGAGGGCAGAGGUGAUGAUGGCCCUUCAACUAAUAAUUUACUGAAGGAUUCAGAAUCUUAAUUUUAAAUAAAAUGGACCAAUCAAAUCGAUACAAUUCAGAACAGCUGGGCAGCACAGUAGCAUAAUGAUUAGCCUAAUACCUUUACAGUGCCAGCAAGCCGUGUUCAAUUCCCGCCACUGUCUGGAAGCAGUUUAUAUGUUCUCCCUGGGAUCAUGUGGGCUUCUCCCAGUUUUCUCCCUCAUUCCAAAGACGUACAGGUUAGCGGGUUAAUUACUCAUACAGGUGUAAUUAGACAGCGUGCGCUCAUAGGGCCUGUUACCGUACUGUAUCUCUAAAACACUGAAGUAAAGAGUAAGAUGUCUUUGGUUGUUAACGGGGUUGACAGUGUCUGAAAAAAUGAAAUGUUACUCAGGCAGCAUUGAUAAUUGCUAGUUAUUAUCCCCAGGUAUGUCACUGGGAUUUCCACAGUUUGCAACACACACACAAUGCUGGAGGAACUCAGCAGGUCAGGCAGCAUCAAGAUUAACAAGGUGGAGAGAGAGGGAUGAUGGCAUGAACAUUGAUUUCUCUAACUUCAGGUAAUUUUUCCCCUCCCACUUCUCUUUUUUUCCAUUCCCCAUUCUGGUUCCUCUCUCACCCCUUCUGUUUUCCUCAUCUGCCCAUGACUUCCCUCUGGUUACCCUCUUCCUUCCCUUUCUCCCAUAGUCCAGUGCCCUCUCGUAUCAGAUUCCUUUUUCUUUAACCUUUCACCUCUCAGCUGAUACUCCUUCACCCCCCCCCCACCCCCCCACACACAGACAUAGACAUUUUCUUAUUCUGGCUUCUUCCCCCUUUCCAGUCCUGAUGAAGGUCUCAGCCCAAAACGUUGACUAUUUCAAUUCCAUAGAUGCUGCCUGACCUGAUGAGUUCCUGCAGCAUUUUGUGUGUGUGCUGAUUUACCAUUGCCUUUUCCUUCUAACGCCUUCCGCUAUUCCUGCAAGGAAAUAGCAGCUUUUAAUUUGCAAUUUGUUGAUAAUAUUGUGUGUGGCCAAUGGCACUGACACCUCUGUGUGCUCUAUAACAUAGCCUACCCUCAGAUUAGUUUUGUUUUUCAAUAAGUUUAUCUUCCCUGCCUAACCUAACCAAAUAUUUUGACCAUAUCCAUAACCUGGUUACCAAUCUCAAAGGGAUCAUUCAGACUGCUGGAGGAACACAGGUCAGGCAGCAUAUGUGGAGAGUGCGAGUUCUUGCCCCGAAAUACUAACUCGUUAUUCUUCUCUAUAGAUGCUGUCUGACCUGCUGCGUUCCUCCAGUAUUUUGUGUGUUUUACUCUGGAUUUUCAGCAUCUAUUGAUUCUCUGGUGUUGAAGGAGUUCAUUUAUUUUUUUAUGUAAAACAUGAUUUUAAAAUGAAUCGCAUUGAAGUGUAUUAUUAGAUAAGCAGGAUUUAGCAACUAUGUAUGUAGACUUACAGAACACGAGCCUUUUAAAUUUAAAGCAAUUGACCCUUUCAGAAUUGUACACCUAACUAAUUGAUGUGGGUUACUACAUGGAUCUUAAUACCAUGAUGUGCUUCACUUAGCUAUUAUACAUACCCUCUGUACUGGAGUGCAUAAAGGGUUGAAGCUGCAUCUGAAGGUCUGGAGCUUAGUGAAAGAGCAAUGCAGGUCUAUGAAAAGGAAAGUAACUUGUACAAAAGACUACCUAAUGUUCACCUGCCAACUUGGUAACCAGUUACUUCAAUGUUGGUUAAUUCUAUUUGCUUUUUGUGCUCCAAGCCACCUCACUUAUUUUAAGAAAUGGUAGUGAAGCAGUUAGCAUCUUUGUCCCACAGCUCCAGUCUCAUUCUUGGCAUCUUAAAUGCUUUUUGGCAGUUGACUUUUAAACAACCCUUCCUAUUUCAGACCAAACUCCUGAAGAUAUUGAAAUGUAACUAUGGAUACCUCCAAUAACAAAAACAGACCAUUCUGCCCAACUAAUUGAGCUUAAAUCUUAACUAUUAUUUUCCUUCAAAAUUGUUUCUAGAUUUUUAACACUUAUUUUUCUUGUUAUUGUUAAUGUUAUUGGCAGCCUGAGAUUUUGUUCUGCUGGCACAAGCAGCCUUCACUUGUGACUAGGUACUCUGAUAAGAUAUUGCAUUGAAACUGACUCUAAUCUCCUAUGGCAGAUGUCUUCCUGAAAAGCAGAUCAAUUGUGGCUCUUCAAUGCUAGAUUAGCCAGCACACUGGCUGAUUUAGGGGCUGCUUUUCUAGUCUGAACAAUAAAGGAAACUUAGUUGAUCUUUUCAGUAUACAUAGAAUUGAAAUGGUUUAAUUUUUUUGGAGUGUGGUUCUCAAAUUUACCUAAAUUUACUGUACUGUGAUCUGAUUACCUGGAUUCUCUGUAAUAGACUAAUGUCCUGUGUACAAGUGUACUUGUGUUCUGACCACCAUUAUGAUUCAUCUAAAUUUAUUAUUUAA